AUGGCCGACUUCGCCAACGACGCCGAGGUCUCCAGCGACGCCCCAGCGAACCCUGCUGUCGAUGUCGAGAUGGAAGGCGCCGAGGCGGCCGAGGCUGUCGAGACUGCCGACAAUGUCGAUGUCGAGAACCUUCCCUUUGCUGAGGGCGGCGAGAGCGACCCCGUCGAGCCGCGCACCACCUUUGUCGACUACCUCUCCAGCCCUGUCGUAACUCUGCUCGUUGGCCAGGGCGAGACGGAAACAAUUGUCACGGCACACCAGGCCCUCCUUACACAGAGCCCCUACUUCAAGGAGGCAUGCGCCCAGUUCAGCGACGAUGGCAGCCCGCGUCAGAUUGAGCUCGCUGGCGAAGAAAUUGACGCUGUCGGCUGCUUCCUCGAGUUUCUCUAUACGGGAGAGUACUUCCCCCGCAAGGUUGCUGGCACGCGCACCCUUGAAUCGGACCCUGCCGUACCCGAAGUCGACACGGACGGCACUCAGCUGCUGAAACACGCGCGCGUCUACACGCUGGCUGACAAGUUCGGCAUGCCGAACCUACGGUCGCUCGCCAGCUCCAAGAUCCACUGCGUCAACUCGACGGCCAAGGGCGAGAUCGCCUACGCCCGCUACGUCUACGCCUACACCAGCAAGGAUGACACCACCAUUCGCGCCCCCGUCGCGAGCUUCUGGGCUACCCGGUCGCACACCCUGCGCUCCGAGGCCGAGGAGGAGUUCCGUUCCCUGUGCUUGGAGCACCCCCAGUUCGGAUACGACGUGCUCACUCGUGUUCUCGACGAGAAGCUCAAGAGAGAGCGCAACGACAAGCUCCACCCCUCCACCUCGUCCACUGGAAGCGCCCGCAAGCGCGCGCGCCACAGCCAGGUCUAG